AUGAAAACACGCGAAACCAUUCCCCUUCCGCCUACUCCAGCAUCGCCUAUCAUUGAAAUCGCUUUCGCACCAGCCCAUAUCGAGGCGCCUAUUGUAGGCGAACCUACAGAGCUUCAAAGCGACCCAGAAGAUCAGUUGGACGAAGUUGUUUUACCCCAGCAAGAAGUACAAGCACCUACCGCUAUCGCGAACACGCUAAACGCGCCACUAGAGGAGAUCGCAUCACCCAUCAUCAACAACGACCUCAAACCCCCAUCGCAUUUUAGCGCGCCUAUUCAGGAGCAUUCUGCAGUGCCAGAGCUCCAAAUGCGCCAUACCUUGACCAGAGUUUGUCUCUGUGACUUCCGCUUGCCAGUCAAACAUCCUUGCAUCACAUCACCCACUCACCAUAUAGAUCAUGUCUCAGGCGACCCUGAUGCGCCUCCAGUGCACCCUAUGGCGCCUGAAAUCGUGCAGUUCGCGCGCCUAGAGGCAAUGUACAUUCAACCUUCGCCUUUUUCGCCUUUUUCGCUUGUUUCGCAUUUUUCGCUCUCAAGGAGUUUUUUUAUCAGCGCCACAGUCGCGCGCCUAACGCCUUAA